CAGACUCUACAUCUGUUUCUUCACCCCGUUUGGCUUCACUAUGGCACAGUCAGCUCUCCUAGAGGUCCGGCAGAUCCAAAACGACAAGCUCACGUCUGAGUAUAGAGGCAAGCUCUCCAAUCAGUUCGUCGAUGAGUUGAAAUGCUCUACGCUCUUUCAAGCCGACUGGUCCGAGCUCAUCAGCGCCGCUCCCACUGCGCUCUCGUUGAUGGGUUCUCUUUGGGUCGCAGCAGCAGACCCCAUGGCCGAGAAGAUUUCCAUGGCCAAGUGCAUGCCCACAGAUGGUUUCCGAUAUAUGACGAAGCGGGCUGAGCCAACGCUCAGAUCAUGCCUGGUUGAUGUCUGCAACAACGGUGGACGAGCGGCCUUCACCAAAGCAGGUGCCAAUAUGGACGCACUGGAGAUAAACAGCAGGCGUAUCUGCGAGGAGCGGAUUCCUAUGGUGUUCAAGCGUCUUGGGCCCUGCACAAAGGGGGAAGAGGAGCUGGAGGACUUCCGCGAUGCGCUUGACGCUUUCAACAAGGACGCAAAGCGAUGCGCCGCUCUCGCCACCGAGACUCGCGAGGCAUUCACAAAAUGGGGCCUGAUGGUCGGCGAGCUGAAUGCCUGUACUGAAGCGGAAUCCGGGAGAGCGUCGAUUCAGAAGGACGCCAUCAAGAUUGACGAGGACGUGGCCAGGGUUCGGGCUCAAUUCGAACGAAUACAAGAGAAAACGGCGGUGGAGGAAGUAAAAGCGGCCGAAGUGGCUCUCAAGCGAGCCGAGAAACGUCUCGACACAGCUAUCGACAAAAUUCCCGGGCCGCUGGAGAACCUCGUGACAGGUAUUGUAAAUGGGUACUUCUCGGCGAUCCCCACCAUCGUCUCUGCCGCUAUUCCGGCCAUUAUGGCCAGCGUGAGUCCGGUGGGUGCAAUGACUUCGGCAAUCUCCUCGGUGAAGCAAGGCGUCGGCGCUGUGUUUCCUGGCGGCCACGCGGGCGCAGUCCCAGAAUCAGCAAUCACAGCCCCCGCAGUGCUAAGAGACCCCUCAUACGCGGCAGCAAUCGCGAUUCGCGACUUGGUCAACCACUACUAUGAGUAUCUUGGUGGCGAGACUGGCGAAUUUGAUCAAUCGAAGUUUGUCGAGCAUGAAGAGGCUGGGGCUCAGGGGAUUCCCCAAGGAGUGUCAUACUUUCUUGGGACACUGGAAGGGCAGCAAGCCCAGCUGGAGUCCACAAAUACUGCUGCCAACAAAAAAAUGCAGGCUGUGUUCAGCACACUCAUCAAAGUGACCAAGGACAUUCGGACGCACUUGAGGGAAGGCGAGAAUGGCAUGUCUGAUGCAAGGUUACCGGCUGACAGCCUGCGGAAAUGGAAGAAGAGCGUCAAGAAAGCCCAGCAGGAUGUCCUCCGCCUGAGCGUGGCUGGAAACACAGCUAGCUCUACCAAUGUGCCGAAUCCCUUUGCAAACAUCAAAGUCAACCCAGUGGACACCUCAGCCCAGACUGCCCAGCUCAACUCAGCCAUGCAAGCAGUCCAGCUGGCUCAGUCAGCGGCCGACGCCAAGCAAGACGCAUACGACAGUGCCCUGAAGAAACAAGCCAGGACCGCAGCGAUGAUGGUGGAGAUCCAGCAAAAGCUCACUCGACUCCAGGCGCAGGGCCGAACACUCGAGGAGAUCAAGUCGGUUCUCCGCAGCUGUAUCUCAAUCCUGGUCGACCUCACGGUGCAGAUUGCCAAGAUCGAACAGUUCUUCACCAUGCUGAGCACGGUCAUCGACGAGAUCAUCCUGGUGCGCGCUGCCGAGUUCACGACCGAGAUGGGCAAGGCCGGCCGGCGUGCCAAGGUCAACGGGCGGCUCAAGGUCGAUGAUCUAUCAAAGCAGACCAUCUACGCCGCGACGCUACAGCUCAAGGGCUACUUCUCAGUCUUGCAAGACAUCAGCUCCAUGUACAACCGAGUUGACAAGCCCCAUGUACGCGACGGUCUGGACCUUUGCAGCGAGCUGUCCAAGGGCGCGGCUCUCGGAAAUGGCACAAUGGAGAUGCAAGAUCGGUUGACCAGAUACAUGGAGGGGUCCGGUGCCGCCGUCGCCAGAAUUGUGAAGGACAAACAGGAAGAGCUCACUCGUGGUCUUCGCAGGCGCAUCGAUCAGGCGGCAAAGACAGCGCUCGAAAUUGAGACGGCCAUUUCCUCCCAUGGGCUUGUUGUGGAUCAGGAAGCGAAGCAUGCCAUCCAAGCUGGUGCUGAGACGGCCAAAGAGGAUGCGAAGAAGCAAAUAGAGGCAGCCAUGUGGGCGGGCGAGAGAGACAGCUCAGAAGAAAUUGACGGAAAUGACUGGUGA